CAGACAUACACCCAAGACAAUUUACACAAUAAUUUGUCAUCUCAAAUUUUCUUAACAAACCAAAAAUCGGGUUUCAAGAAGUAAAUCAACAUCCAAAAUGCAUCUCACAAUCACACUCACCACCACCCUCCUCUCCACUCUGCUCUCAACCUCGCACGCCCUGCCCCAAACAGUAGUCAACCCCGGUGGCAUCACAAAUUGGACCGUCACCAACUUUGAAAUUGGCUGCUCCCCAGGCGGCUGCACCUACAACUUCAACAUCAACGGCCCUGCAUCCGCUGAUGUCGGGCCCGCGUUCUCCACCUAUUGUUCUGGUACCGAUGUCCAGCAAAAGCUCGUUCCCUGCGGAGACCAGAAUGUGCAAGCAAACUUGGUCCCGACAACGCAAGAUGGUUUGGUGUUAGUUGUGAAUAGAUAUGGGGCUGGGAUCAAUGGAAAUCACGGGAUUAUGUCAGGGAAUGCGACGGCGGCGCCAGCUGGGGAGCCAGCUUACCCUAGCUUUGUGAUUCCGGCGAAGUUUUAUGGCGAUAUUUUUAUUGACAGCAAGAAGUAGAAGUGGGGUCUUGGAAGAGUUAUGAUAAGAGUAGGAUAUAGAAUGUGGUCGGGGCGAACGGACUUCGAUAUAUAUCUAUUGUUAUUCCGCUACACGAGCGGGACAUAAUAUGACUCGAUAUUGUUCAAUAAUCUCCACGCUAAUUCCAUUUUCCU